AAUCCUGGGCUAGGUAGGGGGUGUGACCCUUAGCACAGAGAGCUCAGGUCGGGGGUGGUGUGUGCUUUGCACGGCCGUCGCUUCUGGGACCCCGGCGCUGGCGACGAUCCGAGCUCUGGCAUCUCUCCAGCGCCGGGGUCGGGGUGCGGGACGAAGGUAGACGACAGGCUGAGCUGGGACCCAGACGUGCCGAGCAUUUGAGGUCGGUGCGGGAGGCGGAGGAGGGAAGUAAAGUUUCCAGAGCACGGAGAGGGUGUCCCACGGCCGCUGGAGAGGCUAGGCUUGUCCGGCCGGCCCCUUUGAGGGCUCACUUGCAUAAUAGUGUCUUUCUUUUCACUGCUUCUUGAGAGGGGAGUGUUUCGCAGAUCACUGGUGUUGUCCUCCUUGCCGUUGGCAUUUGGGGCAAGGUGAGCCUAGAGAAUUAUUUUUCCCUUUUAAACGAGAAGGCCACCAAUGUCCCCUUUGUGCUCAUUGGCACUGGCACUGGCAUUAUUCUUUUGGGCACCUUCGGUUGUUUUGCUACCUGCCGAGCUUCUGCAUGGAUGCUAAAACUGUAUGCAAUGUUUCUGACUCUCAUUUUUUUGGUCGAACUGGUCGCUGCCAUUGUAGGAUUUGUAUUCAGACAUGAGAUUAAGAACAGCUUUAAGAAUAAUUAUGUGAAGGCUUUGAAACAAUAUAACUCUACGGGAGAUUAUAAAAGCGAUGCAGUAGACGAGAUACAAAACACGUUGCACUGUUGUGGUGUCACCGAUUAUAGAGAUUGGACAGAUACUAAUUAUUACUCAGAAAAGGGAUUUCCCAAAAGUUGUUGUAAACGUGAAGGUUGUUCUCCACAGAGAGACGCCGAUAAAGUGAACAAUGAGGGUUGUUUUAUAAAGGUGAUGACCAUUAUAGAGUCAGAAAUGGGAGUUGUUGCAGGAAUUUCCUUUGGAGUUGCUUGCUUUCAGCUUAUUGGAAUCUUUCUAGCAUACUGCCUCUCUCGUGCCAUAACAAAUAACCAGUAUGAGAUAGUGUAAUCAGUGUAUCUGCGAUUUACUCCUCUCCAACUUCAAGGAUACUUAAAGUAGCCCCCCAUGAAUUAUAAAAUUGCCUGGAUGGAAGACUGACGACUCUUCUUACCUAAGUAGACUUAAGAACUACACCAAUAGGCUGAUUCGAUCAAGAUACUUGUUCAAUAUGUUCUAAGUCCACCUUCUGUCCCGUUCAUCUUAGAUUGUCCCCUAAAACACUGGAAGAGCUAGUAAAUUAUAAAUGAAAUAAUACUGCUUCUCUUGACUUUUAUUCUUCUUUUUUUUUGUUGUAAUGAGAAAAUUUAAUUUGUAUUAUGUACAGGUUACAAGCCUACAACAUUGUGAUGCUUCCCAUUUGGAGAUCACUGAAAAGUUAAGUGAACAUAAAGGAACUAAUGAGAACCAGCAUAACAUUUUUAUUGAUCAGAUAACUAUUUUUUAUUAAUAUUAAAUCAUAGCUGUGUACAUUAAUGCGAUCAUGGGGCACCAUACAUUGGUUUUAUAAACAGUUUGACACAUUUUCAUCACACUGGUUAAUAUAGCCUUUCUGGUAUUUUCUUAGUUAUUGUGUUAAGACAAUUAUAUUCUACAUUUACUAAGUUUCACAUGUACCCUUGUAAGAUGCACCGCAGGUGUAAUCCCACCUAUCACUCUCCCUCUGCCCAUCCUCCCCCCUCCCUCCCUUCCCUCUCCCCAUUCCCCAUAUUCUUAGGUUAUAACUGGGUUAUAGCUUUCAUAUGAAAGCCAAAAAUUAGUUUCAUAGUAGGGCUGAGUACAUUGGAUACUUUUUCUUCCAUUCUUGAGUUACUUUACUAAGAAGAAUAUGUUAUUCUUCUUCUUAGUUUCACGAGUACCUUACAAUGUUAUUCUUCUUAGCGUGGAGUCUUUGGAAGGCACUGUGAAUUUGCUAUUUUGAUGUAGUGCUAUAAGGUGGAAAGUUGACCCCCCUGAAUUUGCUAUUGAUGUAGUGCGAUAGAAAAUUGACCUCCAUGAACUGGCCCCUUCCCAGCAAAGGUUAUCUGAUUUAAUUGUAUAAGGUGCACCAAGAAGUUGAACUGUUCCACUAUUCUCUGUUCUGAUGACAGGCAGAAAGUCACAAUGUGUAAUUUAAUUCCAUUAGGCCACUGGAUGGCAUCCAUCAUCAGAGUGGCACCCAAGACUGAAAGACACUACUGAUGUUCUAUGAUAUAUCAGGUUUCAGCACAAAAUUUACAUUUCUUUGCCUCCAAAAUAAGGCAUUUAUUAUUAUUUUUCCCUAUUAUUCAAAAGGUUCUAAUUAUUACUUUAAAUGGUGUCAGAAUUGUAUUUUCCUUAGGAAUUUAAUGGAACUUAUCUUCAUUAGCUUUAGCUGGUAUUUCCUUACCAGGUUGAUAUAACUUAAUUGUCAAUAUUAUGGUCAACUUUAAUAGUCUUAGUUUUGGUUUGUGCCUUUGAUUAAUAAAUAUAAAUCUUUUACACAAUAAAUAUUGUUUUCCUCUAAAAGAACUGUGUUUAAAUUAACUUUUAGAAAAUAUACUGGAAUGAUUGUUUCCACUGAGAAAGCUAAGCUACACACUUCUUUUUGGAAUAUAGUUUUCAGAU